AUUCAGCGAAGGCUGUAUGAUGUCACGGUAACGGCGUGACAGAGAAUUUGGACGCGGACAUUGGACCCGGGCGUCGUUUGUUCUUCAUACUCGUCAUUGGAUUCAGGUAAUCGCAAUGGCGCCCAACUUUUUCUCAAAGCUGGUCAAGUCGCCCACUUCCACGCAUAGUCGUGAUCGUUCCUUCGACUCCCACCAGUCACCUUUCCCCGCCCCUCGCAGCCGAACUUCAUCUGCUAUCAGCGCGACCGCGUCUCCGUCCGGGAGCUUCAUUCCAUCCAGUUCACCGGUCAAAAAGUCAACGAGCAGCCAGGCCUCAAGAAUAAAUACCGGUCAGCCUAAUGGGUCGCUGCAGGACGUCAACCCGAGUGUUAUGGUUGUACCGCCGUCGCCGAGCUCAACUUCGGGCGAUACAAGCAAAGAGAAGGAAAAUGGCAUUACCAAUGGUAGCAAUGGUAUGGAUGGUAGUGCGAGCAUUGCAAACAAUAGCGCUCGUCGUCGAACACCUUCAUCGCCUUCAAAACUGCCGUCUGCACUGCCAGUACCCCCGACUACGGCUGAGCCUGCGACUACAUCGUCAAAGACGGCCCCCGCUUCCCAAUCACGACCUCCAUCACGUCCAAAUACGGCUUCAUCUUCAAAAUCCAACCUUCGCGAAGCCUUCGCAGCUGCUUUUACGAAAGAUACCACCUCCACGACGCCGCCUUUGCCUGCUGGCGGGACACUGGCUGCCCCAUUUACCCCCGAGAUACACCGAAAAUCAUCCAACAAAUCCCUGAAAAACGUACCUCCACCGCCACCCAUAUCCACUAUCCAUUCCAGAGCCGCCACGACACCGAAUCUCAGUCUUGGAGAUGUCAAGGACAAUCCGCCGGGUCAAAAUACAGAUGAUGCUUCCAAGGCGGCCCUUGUGGAAUCACCUACGUCAAUAACGAUGCCUGAAAUUCCAGAAAAUUCACGAGCAAAUACGGGGCCAGUAGUAACGAAUGAAAAGACGUUCCUUGCCGCGUCUCGAGACACUGACGCCACAUCAGUUAACUCCGUGAUCACACCACAAAAUGGCCAGAAUCAGAAGAAGCCGGCAAGCCGGCCAUGGAAACGCCCCUCUUCAAAACCAACAGGUCUCGCGAGCGCCAUCGCUGCCUCUGGUUUGGCAAUGGCCAACCCCGUUCUUUCAGCACCCCACCAGGUUCAUAUCAGUCCUCCUGCCCAAAGGAAAGCUUCCUUACCGUCGCCACCUUACCUGAACAGGACAGGUUCGACCUCGUCACAUAACAGGGCAGGAUCGUCUGACUUUUCCCCCAAGUCAAAGCGCUCGUCUACAGCAUCACCAAGGCGCAAGUCGAUGUCAGUUCACAGCGACAUAAAUUCCGAGUAUCCUGAUGACCAGGUCGGUGGGGGACCUGACUAUUACUCAGGACUGGAGGACGAGACCUCAGACGAAGACGAGGGGGAUUCAGAUGAAUCAGACCCUUUGAUGGACUUGGACUUGGGCUCUUCCGACAUACCUGUUACUGGCUUCGCAGUGGCCAGCAGUAGAAGGAAUGCUGACUUUCAUGAGUUAUUCUCUGCCAUACCGGAAGGUGAUUAUUUGAUCGAAGAUUACGGCUGCGCGCUACAACGAGAGAUUCUAAUUCAAGGAAGACUAUACAUAUCCGAAAACCAUAUUUGUUUUCAUGCCAACAUCUUUGGGUGGAUCACAGAUCUCUCUAUACCUAUUUACGAAAUCAUCGCCUUGGAGAAGAAGAUGACCGCUUUUGUGAUACCCAACGCCAUCCAGAUCACGACGCGUCAAGCCAAGUAUAACUUCGCAUCCUUUUUGUCCAGAGACACGACGUUUGAUGUCAUUUACAAUAUCUGGCGCCUUGCUCGGCCUGAAGACACGCAAAGUCUCGGUUCAGGAUCUGUGGAACAACCCGUUGAUCAGAUUAUUGAAGGAACUAUUAUUGGCGGUGGCGUCAAUGGCGAUGCCGUGAUUGUCGGUAAACAAAUUGGAACCGUUCAGAGAAAGGUGACGCAGUGCCAGUGUGGCAAGGACGGGACACAUUACUCUGAGAAGGCUUUGGAGAUGAUUAUACCAGGCACUCCCGAACGGAUAUACAAUCUCAUGUUUGCGAGUGGGUUUAUGAAGGAGUUCUUGGUCGUCGAUCAAAAGCUUAUAGAUAUCCAAGUAUCUGAUUGGGCCCCGAUCGAGCCUGGCUCUAAACUCCUCGCCCGAAACAUGUCGUACAUUAAGCCACUAAACAACAGUGUUGGGCCGAAACAGACAAAGUGCGAAAUUCACGACGAGACUGUGCACUGUGACUUUGAUGAUUAUAUCGUUACUGUCACGACAACACGGACACCAGAUGUUCCUAGUGGCGGUGUCUUUUCAGUGAAGACGAGGACUUGUAUCAUGUGGGCCAGUGCCGUAUCUACUAAAGUGAUUGUGACUACCCAGGUUGAGUGGACUGGAAGGAGUUUCAUUAAGGGUAUCAUCGAGAGAUCAGCCAUUGACGGACAGAAGGUAUAUCAUGCUGAUUUGGAGAAGGCUAUGCGUGCCUAUAUACAAGAGCACCAGUCCGAGUUCGUACCCGAAGGUGUGGAUCCAGCUGCCUUGGCGCUCGUUGAACCUGUUGCUGCUGCGGAUGUCAAGCAACCCACGCUUGAACCCACAUCAGAAAAACAGCGUGAACAUGAACGUAAUCGCCGUGGUCUACAAUGGGCCUGGGACACAUUCGAAGGUGCUGCGUCUGUCGCCAAACAAAGCACUAAAGGUGCUUUGGAGCUCAUUGGAGAUGCUUGGGACCAGUCGUCUUCUACGACCAUCCUGAUUUUCGUUAUCGUGCUUCUGGUUAUCAGCAACAUAUGGACGCUGGCGCGCAUGGGAUACAAAGCCGAAUCUGGGCGACGGAAGGUGUUACAGACAACAGAAGAACGUGAGAAGUGGAUUCACGGUGUAGUCACUGCACUAUGGGAUGAACUGUCAGCCGGGAAAGGUGCUGUCGUUGCGGUAUCGGACGGACAUUUUGAUCCGACGAAGCUCGGCGAUGAGAUUAUUUCGAUGACGAGGAGACUGGAUGAUAUGGAAGAGCGGAUACGACACAUUAAAGAGAACCUCCGGGAUUUGUCGACGGAGGUUUCGGAUGGGGGAUCUGAGACGCUGGAUUAAGGACAGCUCUUUUGGUUUGCUUCUGAUGCUUAUUGCUUUUUAAUUGUUAUUAGGUACUGUGUGGAUCGUGGGUUGUAUGACAUGAACAAUUGAAAUGAUUUUAAAGAAUUCCGCCCCGA